AGCUGUGCUUUAAAGUAGGCUUGCUUCUACUUUUAUUCAUAUCAAAUCGUCAAUCAUGUCCAAAUUCAUGUAAAAGAAUCACCUAAAGAAAUUAUUCAUUUCAUUUUCACAUAUCCCAUUUUCAGAAGAUCUUAAAACUUUCCUUAACAUGCCUGUAAGGACAGAUUAUCCAGCUCCGAACAAAUACAAUUUGCCUUCAGUAAUAGGAUAUCCGAAACAUGACAUCUCCAAAUAUAGAUAUCCUAAUUAUACAAUGGCUCCGAAAUUUCCACCCAUCGGAAAACCUCUUGGUCCUGGACCUAAAUAUUAUGCAGAGCAUUAUACUCGCGUAGGAAAAGUGACCGCUCCUAUAUAUUCAAUUAAAUCCAGAGCAAAACCGUUAACUCAGUUUGUGGGUCCAGGUGCUGGUGCUUAUCAUCCCGAACUAUCUCCUCGAAUGAAAGAUCAAAGGCCACCAUGCUAUACAAUUAAAUCAAGGAGGCCACCCCUUAAAGGAUUUCAAACGCCAGGUCCCAAAUAUGCACUUCCAACUACAUUAGGGUGUCAUAUUCCAGAUGUAUAUGAGAGACCAUGUUAUACCAUGCGUCCCAAGUUGCCGUAUAUCCAAGGUGGUAAGACACCAGGACCUAAGUAUUUAGGAAUAGAUACAAAUAUAUUCAAACAAAGACCACCACUAUACACAAUGCGGCCAAAAUUACACAUCCCGCAACGGUCAAAAUCCCCAGGCCCCAAAUAUUAUCCGCAAUUACCUAGAUGUGUUCAAGUUAAUAAAAGAGGAUGGUCAUUUGGAUUAAAAAUAUGGAAAACUGACCCUUACUACAUGCCAAAAGAUUUAGAACCAGCUUGCUAAUGGAAGUUUUAAGAAAAGUUUCACUCAUUUUUUAAGUGUUGUCGCUAUUUUAAUUAUUUACCACAUUACCACUUAAUUAGAACUUGUUACAUUAGACCAGGGCGGACCUGUUUUGAGAUUGAUGUGAGAGGUGGCAUUCGGAUUUUUGCAGAAAAAGUUAGGUGAUGACUUCAAUAAUAAUUGACUUAUUCUCCCUCUCAAAUAUAUCCGGAACAAUAACAAAACAAUUGAAAUAUUUAAAACUUACUAAAAACAUCGCUUUUUCUACUUUCCUUGUUUAUAACAUUAAAACGAUCCAUUUUGAAGCAAAGUUGUACAGAAAUAAAAUAAUUAUAAUUAAAUUUUCUACGAGAUACGACUAGCUAAAAUGUUUUAAUUUGUAACCCUUGCUGCAAAAUAGCAAUAAAUUCAAAAAAGCGGCGAAAGAAGCCUUUUCUAAUUCAAUGUUUUUCAUCCACAUAGAUUGUACAUAGGACCUUCAUAGUUCGUCUAGAAAAUCUUAUAACAUAAAACAAUACACGAAAUUUAAUUAAAACCGAUGUAAAAGAUUUCGCAUAAUAAUUUUGAAAUCUAAUUUUCUUUUAAAUUGAAAUUUUUUUAAAAUUUUCAGCACAAAAACUAGAUCAUAUAGAAGAUUGCUAAUUUUUUUUACAUAUAAAAAUGUAUUCUACCUACCUAUUAGCGUACUUUACAGAAAUGAAAUCGGACUAUUUUAGGAGUCUGGGGAUUUUUUAAAAGUUUUAAACAAUUUUUUGGCUUAUAAACAAAUAUAAUAUCUCGGUAACCAUUAGAUUAAAUUAAAUUUAACCAUCGGCAAUCGAAAACUCUCGACAAGACGCUUCUUUUAAAAUAAAAAAGUUGAAUUGCGUGGAGUGGUUUGUGAGAUACAACCAAUCAAAUUUGACCGGUAUUUGCGACGAAGUUAUAAACAACAGGAUACUAAUCUUUGAACCAUUACCUUAUUAUUUCGGACCUCUUUUAUACAGGGUGUUAGUAAAAAGUAUGAAAAACUUUAAGGGAUAAUUCUACAUAAAAAAAUAAUGGCAGUUUUCUCUAUAAACGUAUGUCCGCAAAUGCUUUGUUUCCGAGAUACAGGGUGUUGAAAUUUUUAUUUCAAACUGCCAAUCUUUUUAUUGCUCUAAGACCGGUUGAGAUAUGAAAAUUACAUUUGGUGGGUUUCAGGAGGUAGUUAUUGCCCAUUUUUUGGCAAACAAAUAACAAUUUUAUAUUCAUCAUUGGCGCGCCUACGGGUAAUGGUCUGAAUUUUUUUAAAGAAAAAAAAUGGUAUGCCACUGAAAUAUUUCAAAUUAAAAAUUAUUUUUAUAUUCCACGGUUGAUUUGUGAAAAAUAACCUCUCUUGUAUUUUUUUCCUAUGGUGCACCGUUUUUAUGCGAAAAUAUAAAACAUCUUCGAGAGCGUAUUUUUCAUUUCUUAAUACAUGAUCAAGAACUCUCCAAUAAAAUAAUACCAAAGUAGAACAAUAACAGAAAAUAUUACUAAAAAUAUAUUAACUAGGUGCAAAGCUACAACAAAUGUUCAAAAGUACCUCCUUUAAAGGUGACAGAAUAAUUUUAUAUUCACCAUUGGCGCCCGUACAGGUAAUGGUCUGAAUUUUUUAAAGAAAAAAAAUAGUACGCCACUGAGAAACGUCAAAUUAAAAAUCAUUUUUGAAUUCCUCGUUCAAUUUACGACAAAAAAUCGUUCUUGUCUUUUUUUCAUAUGCGGCGCCGUUUUUAUACAAAAAAAUAAAACAUCUUAACGCUUACAAAUUAUUGGAGGUAGAUUCCAUAUGCAUAGAAACUUAUUACAAAUACUUUGUAAACGUUAAGAUAUUUUAUUUUUUGCAUAAAAACGGCGCCUCAAAUCAAAAAAGACAAAUUGAACGAGUAAUUCAAAAACGAUUUUUAAUUUGACAUAUCUCAGUGGCGUACUAUUUUUUUCUUUAAAAAAUUCGGGCUAUUACCCGUACGCGCGCCAAUGGUGAAUAUAAAAUUACUCAGUCACCUCUAAAGGAGGUAAUUUUGAACAUUUGUUGUAGCCUUGCACAUAGUUAAAAUCUUUUUAGAAAUAUUUUCUGUUAUUGUUCUAGUUUGGCAUUAUUAUAUUGUAGAGUUCUUGAUAAUGUAUUACGAAAUGAAAAAUACGCGCGAAGAUGUUUUAUUUUUUUGCAUAAAACGGUGCAUCAUUUGAAAAAAGACAAGAAAGGUUCUUUAUUAUAAAUUAAACGUGGAAUAUAAAAAUAAUUUUUAAUUUGAAAUAUCUCAGUGGCGUACUAUUUUUUUCUUUAAAAAAAUUCAGACCAUUACCCGUAGGCGCGCCAAUGAUGAAUAUAAAAUUGUUAUUUGUUUGCCAAAAAAUGCGCAAUAACUACCUCUUGAAACCCAACAAAUUUAAUUUUCAUAGCUUAAAAGGUCUUAGAGCAAUAAAAAAAUUCACAGUUAAAAAAAAAUUUCAACACCCCGUAUCUUGGAAACGAAGCAAUUGCGGACAUACGUUUAUAGAACAAACUGUCAUUAUUUUUUCAUGUUAAAGUACCCCUUAAAGUUUUUCAUACUUAUUUACUAACACCCUGUAUAAUAUGUAUUAUAAUAAUAAAAACGAUCGGUAUUGUGAGUAAAAAAUACCUAAAACACUAGGUUGAAGAAAAUUGAUUUUAAAGUUGAAAAUCGGUAUACGUAAAAAAUGUAUUUCUUCGGCUUCCAAUAAAGCAUUUGUCUUAUUUUUUUUAAAUAUGCUUUAGUUUUAACAAAACAAAACUAAACCUUACUUGGUUUUUGGUAAUGCGUUAUUUAGGUCUCUACUCGAGUUACAUCGGAUUAAAAAAAUGAAGAAAAUUGCUCUAUUGGAAGCCGAGAAAAUGCAUUUUUUACGUGUCUAUACCGAUUUUGAAAUUUGAAAUUUAAUUUUCUUAACCCAGUUUUUUGGUAUUUAUGGUACUUUUAUUCGCGAUAUUAAGGCACAAUGACUCUCGUGGAUUUUAACUUUUCGGCUCCCUUCACCUAUAUAUUUACUAAAAUGACUCAUUGUCACGAGAUACGGACUUUGAGAAUUCAAAUCAUUAUGGGAUUAUUGACUUUUUCAAACGUCUUUUACUUAACAUUAUGCAAAAGAAAAAAUACAUAGUAGAUAUUUUAAUAAUUUGAUAAAAAAUUGUGAUAUAAUUGGGUACAUGGUGUAAAUAUUUUAGUAAAAAUAACAAAUUGUAUGUUUUUAGUAUCUACAUAUGAUACAAUAUGAAAAAAAGUUACGAUUUUUAAUUAAGUAUCAUUAACAUAAAUUACUUACUUGCAGUAAUCAUCUUUUUUAAAUUGUGAAGAUUUCAUGUUAAUCAUUUUAUAGGUACUUACUACUAUUGAAUUUUGUUUCAAAUGCAUGCGCGCUCAUGUUUUCACAUUAGAAAACCUCCAAGAAGCUGGUCAGCUGAAAUCCACGAGAGGUCAUCACUGUGACUUAACAUUUGCGAAUUAUUAUAAUAUAUUUUAUGAGUAUCUUGAAGAUAUGAAACUGCGUAUGGAGAAAGAGCACCGACAUAAAAAGGUAAUGGAUCAAAUAUUACCAUCCUGUUGUUUAUAACUUCGCCGCAAAUACCGGUCAACUUUGACCGGUUGUAUAUCAGGAACCACUUCCUCGCAAUUCAAUUUUUUUAUUUUAAAAGAAGCGUCUUGCCGAGUCUUUUCAGUGCCGUUUUCUGAAUUUAUUUUAAUGUAAUAGUUACCGAGUUAUUAUUAUAUUUGUUGAUAAGCCAAAAAAUUGUUUAUAAUUUUUAAACAUUCCUCAUACCGCCGAAAUAGUUCGAUUUCAAUUCUAUAAAGGACGUUAGACAGGUAAAGUGUUUUUUAUACGUCAAGUGUUUUUUAUAUAUGUAAAAAAUUUGGCAAACUACUAUAUUAGGAUCUAGUUUUUGUUCUGAAAGAUUUUAAAAAAUUUCAAUUUAAAAAAUAGAUUGUAAAAUUGUUACGCGAAAUCUAUUACAUCGAUUUUAAUGAAAUUUCGUGUAGUUUUAUUAUGUUAUAAAAAUUUUCUAUAUAUGUAGAUGAACUCUAAAAGUUCGUAUGUGCAAUCUAAAAGCGCGUGUACACGACGAUUUAACCGUGUAGUUCGUUGGUGUCGAACGUGUGGACGCAAAUCAACGUAAACUUUUGGUCAAAAAUAUGCGUCGAUUUGCGUCCACACGUUCGACCAACGAACUGCACAGUCACAUCGCUACGUUAAAUCGUUGUCGUGUAUACGGGCUAUAACUGGUUGAAAAACAUUGAAUAAGAAAAGGCUUAUUUUCUCCCUUUUUUGUAUUUAUUGCUAUUUCGCAGCAAGGGCAAUAAAUUAAACCAUUUUGAAUCAGUCGUAUUUCAUGGAAAAUUUAACUAGGUAUCUUUAUUUAUUUCGCUACAAUUUUUCUCCAAAAUGAAUCGUUUUAAAGUUAUAAGCAAGGAAAAUAGACAAAAAACGAUGCUUUUUAUACUUUUUAAAUGUGUUAAUGUUUUGAGGAUAAGUCAAUUAUUAUUAGGUACUAAAGUUAUCACCUAACCUUUUCUGCAAAAAUAUGAAUGCAAAAUCUCCCAUCCAAAUUUUAGAUGUUUUUUUUUGCAGAUCCGCCCUGGUCUAUAUGACACAUUUCAAUUUAGAGACACCCGUAUAUACAUAAGUACAAUAAUUAUUAAUUUGUGUACAUUAUUUUGACAUUUCCACAAAGAAUACAAACUUAUGAUUUUUUAA